UUUUUCAUUCAUCACAAACCACCUUCAUCUAUCUCUCCUUAAUUGCCUCAUAUAUAAAUGUAAAUCUGUUGCAUUUAUUAAUGGAGGAUACAAAUAACAAAGAGAACAUGGUACCUUUCACUGAGAGGCAAGAGGCUUUAGUGGAAACCUCAUGGGAAGCAUUCAAGAAAAACAUUUCUCACUACAGUGUUCUCUUCUACACCUUCAUAUUGGAGAAAUCACCAGAAGUGAAGGACAUGUUCUUUUUUCUAAAGGACUGUGAUGGAGUGCCUCACAAUAAUCUUAAGCUCGAGGCUCAGGCUGAAAAACUUUUCGAAAUGACACGUGACACGGCGUUUCAACUCCGAGCAACCGGAGAAAUAGAUGUGACGGAUGCUACAUUUCAAUAUUUGGGUUCUGUCCAUGUUCAUAGAGGAGUUACGGAUCACCAUUUUGUGGUGGUUAAAGAAGCACUGCUGAAAACAAUAAAGGAAGCAGUGGGGGAUAAAUGGAGCGAAGAAAUGAGCAAUGCUUGGGAAGUAGCCUAUGAUAAAUUGGCAAUUGCAAUUAAGAAGGAGAUGAGUGAAAGUUAG